AUGUCGCCCCAUUAUGGAGGAGAGAAGGAGCCUGGCGGAGGUGGCCAGUGGACAGCGCAGUGGUGGCGGUCGGGUGGCGCCCUGGUGGCAAGGUGGAGGCUGAGCGGUUGCCGGCGGAGGAGCCAUGGCGGUCGGUGGGCACUAGCGGUGCAGGGAGGCAACGUGGUGGAGUGGCGACAGACCGGGGGUUGCAGCGGCACUGGGGACCGAAAAGGGGCCACAGGCGUGAAGGCCGACAGGGCCGUAGGGAGGCCGGUGUGGGCGGCGGGGGCUAGCGAGCUGCGGGCGGCAGGUGCCGGGGAAGCUGCGGUGACCGACGGGGCUGGAAACCGGGGCCGUAGGCGGGAUGCCAGCGACGGGGGUUGCAGGGAGGGCGACAAGGGCGGUGGGGGCCUAGGGAGCUGCUGGUGGCGGGUGCCAAGGAGCUGCGGCGGCUGGUGGGGCUAG